GGCCGAGGAACGAGAGGCGGAGGGCGUGUGCAAGCAGCUCAGGAGGAACAGUUCACACAAUCUUCAGAAUGAGGUCGUGGGUCGGCGUGAUGCUGAUAGUGACGACCUCUUGGGUAGCACAGGGUCGUACCUCCGAACCCGUAGACCCUACUUACGACCACGCCAAUGCCCAGGACGCCGUGACUCCUGCCGACGACCCCACAGACGCUCCAGAAGGGACCGUGGUGGUAGUCCUUCAACAGGGCCGCAUAAGGACGGUUGGCCGGAGCGCUUUCCAGGGGCGCCAGGAAGUCUACGCUUUCAAGGGCAUUCCCUACGCCCGGCCGCCUGUAGGGGAUCUGAGGCUCAGGGACCCCGUGGCAGCGCCCCCAUGGCCAGGCGUCCGCGAUGGCACCCUGGCGCCCCCCAGGUGCCCCCAGCGGGACUACGAGGGCGCGUCCUUCCUCGUCGCCGGGCGGGAGGACUGCCUCUUCCUCAGCGUCUAUACCCCGAGGCCCUCGCGGACCGCCGACCUCCCCGUCAUGGUGUGGUUCCACGGGGGGGGCUUCAAGUCAGGCAGCGGCGCCCCCUACCCCCGCCUGGCUGACGAGGGCGCCGUCGUCGUCGUGUCUGUGCAGUACCGCCUCGGACUCCUGGGAUUCUUAUCGACGGAGGACGCGGUGAUCCCAGGCAACCUAGGAUUAAAGGACCAGGCGAUGGCCCUCCGCUGGGUCAAGGAAAACAUCCGUGACCUCGGCGGUGACCCACGCAAGGUCACCAUCUUCGGCGAGUCAGCUGGGGGGGCGUCGGUCCACUAUCACAUCCUGUCUCCCUUGUCGAAAGGCCUCUUCGCGCGGGCCAUCAUGCAGUCCGGCUCGGCCCUGUGUCCUUGGGCCAUGGCCAGCAACCACGCCAAGAUGGCCAUCGAAGUCCUGCAGAAGCUGAACUGUUCCGACGCGUCCUUCCCGCCCCUGGACAGCCAAGGACUCCUGCGCUGCCUGCAGGAGACUCCCGCCCACGUCCUGCUGGAGCUGCCAAGUGCGGAGCUGAAAAUCUCGGAGUUCGCGCCGCGGGUCGACGGGGCGUUCCUGCCGGCCCACCCGGCGACGCUGCUGAUGGAGGGGAGGAUCAACGCCGUCGACAUCCUCUCGGGCACGACGCAGCACGAGGGCGCCUCCUUCGUGAGCUACUUCUUCUCGAGGGACGAAUUCCCGCGCUACGUCAACGACUACUUCACGACGGCCGCCCCGGAGAUGCUGUUCCUCGAGGACGGCGAUUCCCCGGCCUAUCUGGCCCGCAGGGUCUUCUUCCAGUUCGUGGGCCGCCUCGGGGCUUCCCGCGACGACGAGGAGGCGCUCGUCCAGAUGUUCGGGCAGAGGUUCAACAUCGUCUGCCAGGAUGAGACGGCGCUCCUGCACGCACGCACCUCGCCCGGCAAGAAGGUCUUCGCCUACGAGUUCAGACACCGCCCCUCCGGCAGAAGGCGCUACGUGGGUCACCUGGACGACCUGCAGCUCCUGUUCGAGGGCGUGGCCCCCCCCCUCUCGCGCCCGGACGACCUCUUCGUCAGCCGCCUCCUGCUGGCGAUGUGGACCAACUUCGCCAAGACGGGGAACCCGACGCCUGACCUGAGCCUCGGAUUCCGGUGGGCGCCCAUGGCCAGCGGCUGCCUCAGCUUCCUGGCCAUCACGCCCACGCCCACGAUGCAACACGACACACGCCAGGAGGUGCGAGCAUUCUGGACCCACCUGGCGCUGCCCCAGAACAGGAUCCUGUAUCCUGCCCACUUCGCCCCCAACGUUUCGCCGAUGCCCUGCCCGCCCACGCGCUGAAGGGGUGCGGGGCGAGUAGAGGGGCGUGGGUGGAGAGGCUUGAACACACGUGGGCGGGGUUUCUGCGUCGCCUCAAAGCAUUCCGCACGGUGAAGGGACGCGAUGUGUAUAUUCCUAGGAUAUAUAUGUAUAAAUGUGUGUGUGUGUGUGUGUGUGUGUGUGUGUGUGUGUGUGUGUGUGUGUUGUGUGUGUGUGUGUGUGUGUGUGUGUGUGUGUGUGUGUGUGUGUGUGUACAUAUAUAUAUUUAUAUAUAUAUAUAUAUAUAUAUAUUAUAUAUAUAUAUAUAUAUAUAUAUAUAUAUAUAUACAUACACAUAUACAUUCACAUAAACACAUACAAACACGUCAUUCCAUUGAACAAAUCGUCCAAUGUAACGUGGCUGUAUGAAAAAAGAGACAAGAAGUAUUAAAACAGAAGACCAGAAGAUAAAUGCUUCGUGUACAAGUUUAAAACAUGUCAAUAAAAAGACAGAAAACCGUU